AGCACUCCCUACGAGGAACCGGAGACCCAGCCCCCGAACCCGGUCGACCUUCUAUCGGACACGGCUCCUGGUGUUCCGCUGACUGCUAUACCACUUGUCGGUCCUCUGAGCGCCGCGGAAAAAAUGCAGCGCAUCCGCGGAAAGAAACCGCGCGAGCCUUGCCACCACGGCUUAUCCCGUAACGCCCUUAUCCUCAAAAAAUCGCUCUGGGACUCCAGGUUGAGCAAGUGGAAAGAAUUAUUCAGUCAACCAAGCACGUGGCAGAAACCUACGACUGCAGAUUGUACCAGCUCACUUAGCCCACCUACAAGUAUUCCGCGAUCGGGUUUCGAGCGGGACAUGGCGCCACACGCUUCGAGGUGGUAUGCCUACCACCCUCAGUCGCCGAUAUUUCCCCGGGCAGGGGACAUCCUUGCGCUCCGGGAUCAGCACGCCGUUGAAUUGGAUCAGUCCUUCUUCGAAUAUCCCCUCUGGACCAUUCACAAGGCGCUCUAUCUCUUCGAUAUGUACGAUCGACUUACAAGACCGUUCAAUGGAAGCAAUGUGGACGAGACGCAGAUGCAGCCAACGUCGUCUAAGAUCCCGUGUUCGACACGUACUCCAGAACUGGCGCACGCAGAUGCAAACCCAACCGAGCAAACCAACACUCAGUCCCACGCCCUGCCGCCGGAUACUGUGGUAUGGAACGACUUCAGACCAUGGGAACGGAGCUGGUACCAACGGUGGGCUGUACUGGAGAAUCUCGUCCAGCGCAGCUCCUCU